UGUGUCGACGUGUUUGAAUUACAGCGAUGCGAAGUAAUAAGUGUGACUUUAUUCAUCUGAGAUUGACUGAAAGUCUUCUAUGUUCUCUGGAAAAUAUCAAACAAAACGUAAACAUUAUUUAAUCUCCCACUAGUACUUUAGGGCGGUAAGAUCACACUUGCUUGUGAACCGCAGCAAAACCCGGUAUGUUUUAAUGUGUUAUUUUUCUGUUGUCUUUUUAUAAUACUUCUACUAGUUGUUUCUGAGAAUCGAGAAAAUUACUCAAAGGAAGUGACUUGUUAGAAACCCUGCGACAAAUUUUUUAUUCAUUAUUAAGUUCAUAUCAUUAUUCAUGAAUAAUGAGCUGCAGCUCACUAGCUCCUUUUCUAGUUCAUCUUUCAAUUUUUUUGUAACAAUCUCGUUCAUAAUAAGCACUUUUAAGUACUUUAACGGUAAAUGGUAUGAGUUGUUUGGUUUCUAUCCUAGGUUGGCGAGGAUUUUUAAACAUCAUGUAUUCAGAGUAGCUAAGCCUGUCUUAAAUCUAGGUGACCGAAAUCUAUAAGUUGAAAACGAAAUGCUUAAAAUACCUCAGCCAAUCAUGCAUUUUUAUUGGUGGUCAUUUGCUCUGUUACCAAAAAAUUAAGUAGAGACGAAUGAUGGAUCUAAAUCAGCACGGAUGUGAUUUCCGUUAAAAUGGAAAGCCAAAACAUAACUAAUGUUAUAGUAGUUUGUUUUGACUGAGUAACUAUCGAUCCCUCCUUUCCAACUUUUCUAUUUCUUUUAGAAGAUUGUAGUUACUACUUCGGGAUCAGAUUCCGUUUAUGAACUCGAACCCGACCAUGGUACAGUAUAUUUUUCGCUCGUCAAUGUUAGGAAAUCAGUUGGAAAGUGUCUACAAAAUAUCCAGUAUAGAUACAGAACUAAAGCCACUGAUGACAGCUUUGUUAAAGCACGUGAAAAUCUUGUCAAGGAAGUGGAAAACAGUCGCCAACAAAAAAUCAAAGCGCUUGAAUAUCAGUUGAAAUCUGCCUCGUUAAUUAAAGACGAACGCAAUACAAAGGCUAGAAAUACACACAGUUAUGGUUUCGAGUUGGAAAAAAGUUAGGGGCGGCCAAACCAAAACGUGAUAUCAGUCCAUAAAUUCACCACCUUCUGGUCUGAGCCAUGUCGGUAGAUACAGACUACUUGGUUGGGGUCCACAUGACUAUCGUAACCAAUGGUUGGAGACUGUUGGUGACAUGGCUCAAAAUCGAUCACAAUGGCGUCGGUGUAUACACUCUCAGUCUUUCCUUAAACUGUGAAAUUAAAAUUGCUUUAUACCUUGCUUUCUAUGAACUAAUUAUUUCUUCCUAUAUUAUAUUCUUAUACACAAUCUUUCUUCUAUAUAUUACUACCAUUGAAGUAACUACUUAUAUGAAUUAGGUGUUUAUCUUGUUGUGCUGAUGAGGUGUGGCAACUUGGACCGAUGCAUAUAUGUACCUAGUCUUACGUUGUAGUUGACUGACUGGUUUCGAGUUGCUUAUAUCAAACAUUUGUUAUUUUCCUGUUCAUUUUUAGGAGCUUCGCUAUCUUAGUAGUUCUGUGGAUAUAGUAAUGUAUAACACGACCAAAAAUGGAUUUGUUUAGAUCAUUACUCUUCAGGCUAGUAAGUAUAACAAUGUGAAAAUGAACAGGUAAUUAACGAGAAAGGAGAAUAUAGGUUUAGGCUAGUAAAAUAUUCGAGGUUAAAAGAAAGUUAAAAUUUGAAUGUUGCCGAACUUAAUAUUUUAGGGACCUUAGUCCUAAAACAUACACUUGACACAAUUCAGUUCAAUACUUACUGAGUGCAUGGUCGUUUCUAUUUCUUUGAAGACUUCCGUCCUGCGUUUGCGCAGACAGCACUUAGUAUCACAUUUUGUGGUCAUUGAUGUCGUAACGUAUUCUAGUUGAAAUCCAAUUAUCCUUAGUCGUGUAUGUUUACCGGCUAACUCACUUCAAGGCUCAUAAUAGUUCUAACAAGCCAGCAUUACUUUGGAGACACUUGAAAUCGUGUACUUGUAUUUAAUAAUGAAGCACUUUUAGUCUUAUACUUUUGGGCCUAAACAACAGCACCUCUCGGUCACAUGUGAUUUCACUACUAUUUUGCAUCUUCAUGAAAUAGGCUAUACAGAAAAUGUAUUGUAUUUUAAAUCACAGAUGAUCGUAAGUAAUAUUUUAUAGAUGAGCUUGGCUUCCGUUAGUUUGACCUGUUUUACUAACAUUUUCUACUUAUCGAAAAUUAAGUUGAUGGUUAACGAUCAUUUGCUAGACCAUGCUUGUAGAAGAAAGUUCGGAAAGGCUAAAGCUGGAUGUUAGACAUUUAAAUACAUUUAUUGUCUUAAUUAAAAUUAAAAGUUGAAAUUUCUAUUAACACUAUAUUCAUAGAAAUAUUGUGCUAGUUAUUGUUAAAAUAGAGUACACUGUAAUGCCAAGUCACGUAGUCUAUUAGUUAUAUUACCAGUUUACUCAGUCAAAUUUAGUACUUCAGUCAGUCAGUUACAAAGUAGGACCAGGUACAUAUAUGCAUCGGUCCAAGUUGCCACACCUCAUCAGCACAACAAGAUAAACACCUAAUUCAUAUAAGUAGUUACUUCAAUGGUAGUAAUAUAUAGAAGAAAGAUUGUGUAUAAGAAUAUAAUAUAGGAAGAAAUAAUUAGUUCAUAGAAAGCAAGGUAUAAAGCAAUUUUAAUUUCACAGUUUAAGGAAAGACUGAGAGUGUAUACACCGACGCCAUUGUGAUCGAUUUUGAGCCAUGUCACCAACAGUCUCCAACCAUUGGUUACGAUAGUCAUGUGGACCCCAACCAAGUAGUCUGUAUCUACCGACAUGGCUCAGACCAGAAGGUGGUGAAUUUAUGGACUGAUAUCACGUUUUGGUUUGGCCGCCCCUAACUCCUCCAACACUAGUCAGCAUUGCGCGUCGUGGUAAUCGGUGUCUGGGCAUACGUAACACGUGGCCCAACCAUGUCAGUCGAUGGAGAUUCGCACAGUAUACUUGUCCUUUAAUUGAUAGACGGAUAUUUCACCUUCACCAUAGGUGAUAAAUUUGAAAAGAAAUUCACUUUCUGGGCCUCCAUCGAAGAUGCCGAAAAUUUCGGUUGGUAACAAUAAGACAAGAAACUCAGAUAUUCCGUCUAACAUCCCAUCUUCCAAAGAGAAGAGUGUUCAAAGACAUGGGAAUUUAUCUAGUACUUCACCUGAAUUAAUAACUAAUUCCCUUGUCAAUAUUAAAGCAAAGGUCUCUGAUAAAAGUGAUAAACAAAAAGUGACACAUACUUCAGGAACAGCUGAUGUGAAUGAUGUUGAGAAAUUUAUUUAUAAUAAGUGUUUGUCAGCGGUACAAAGGAGAAAUGCAUUAGAACAACGCCUCCGUGAAGCAUAUACAAAUACCGACGAGUUUGUAAGAGCCGAAGAGAUUGAAAAAAUUAAAAUGGAUCUAUGCACUCUCGUUGAUGAUCUAUACACCGAUGAAUUGUUGAAAAAAUGGAUACCUAUGUCUAUUGGAUCUGGAUAGUUUUGUUGUGAUAUCUUAUUUUCUUGUGCAUAUUUUCUUAUAAGAGUAGUAUAUCAAACUAUGCAAAAAUUUUAUGUGUAUUCAUUUUUGUAUAGAUUGUAAAUAAAUUCACGCUGCACAAACAUAUUCAAAUUCAUUUUCUUGUUGUUCUGGUAUGUUCGUGAGACGCUAUUUCAUGUUUGCUUCGUUUAAAUUGAAUUUAUUUUUGAAGGAUAUUAGAGCAGACAUUUCAUCUUGUUGAUGACAUGCCUUUAUUAAUGUGUAAAGAUUCUGGUUGUUUUUAAUUUCGUUAACACUCGGCUUUUAUGGAUUUAUUAAUUUACAAAUCAACAUUGUAUCCAAUGUUCUAUUAAGAUACGAUAAAUUUUUUAAAACUUGGAAUUAAAAUAAGUGGCGUUUGGAAGACAUUAAAAUAAAGAUACUUGUAAAAUAUUUCCGCGAUUCAAACUCUAAGUGGUGUAUGGGUUAGAAGCUGACCCCGGCUGUAGAAUUCUUGAUCGAGAUCUAUGAACCUAUCGUUAUUCAUGGUUGGUGGUGUUAAAUUAAUUAGCUAGGAGUUUCUCGCAGCUGAGUUGAUUCACUUAUCCCAUAUCUUACAUUAAUCUUCGAGCUUAGUCUUAUUCUAAACUUCUGAAUUUUGCUACUUUUUUGGAAAUCAUACUGUCUGUGGAUGUUUCCAGUACACACCUCAUCUGUCAAAUACAAUGGACUACAUGAUUAAAUACCGAUUACUUGCCUAUGACUUCUAAUAGCCAAUCGUUUACGCAAUAUUUCCUCUACCACUGAUUUGAUGAGGUAUUUACAGUUUACGUAGGUUUCAGCUCUUACUUACUUACGCCUGUUACUCCUAAUGGAGCAUAGGCCACCGCCGACCAUUCUACAACCCACUCUGUCCUGGGCCUUCUUUUCUAAUUCCAUCCAAUUCUUGUGCAUUUUUCUCAUGUCUAUCUCCAUUUCCCGGCGUAAUGUGUUCUUUGAUCUUCCUCUUUUCCUUUGGCCUUGAGGAUUCCAUGUAAGGGCUUGUCUUGUGACGCAGUCGGGUGCUUUCCUCAAUGUAUAUCCUAUCCACUUCCAGCUCUUCUUCCUGAUUUCUUCCUCCGCUGUAUCUGUAUCUGUCAUCCAAUCAACCGAAAUAUAGCGAAACGACCUAAUAGCUAAGCAUUACACUUAUAACACAUUCAAGCAAACGAACAUGACCUGUUUCUGUUGUCUAGCAUUAGCUAAACCGGAUUUCUUAAUGGUUAAUCCUAACUUUUAUCUUUGAUAUAUUUGAUCCAAAUAGUAAGACAAAUCAUUGAUAUAUUUCGCUUGUUUAUGUAAUGUAUUCUAGAUAACUCACGGAGUCUAUGGAUAAAAUUAUUGUUAUAUUGAUUCUCUACUUUAGUUUACUCUUGAGCAUCAUGUAAUCAAUCUCGUUUCAUUGAGACCUACUGCUGCUGAGGCUGCUUCUACACUGGUCGUUUUCUCUUGCAUUUGUUGUUGCGUUUGGGAUAGAAGGGCCAGAUCAUCUGCGAAGUCUAGAUCGUCCAACUGCAUCCUAGAUGUCCACUGUAUCCCGCGUUUCCCUUCAGAUGUUGACGUCUUCAUGAUCCAGUCGAUCACCAGGAAAAAGAGAAAGGGUGAGAGUAGGCAACCUUGCCUAACACCGGUCUUCACUUCGAACGACUUUGUCAACUGUUCUCCAUGCACGAUUUUGCAGUUUAAUCCAUCAUAUGAAUUCCGUAUGAUAUUGAUUAUCUUCUGAGGGACGCCGUAGUGUUGAAGAAGUUUCCAUAGUGUUGUUCUGUCCACGCUGUCAAAUGCUUUCUCGUAGUCAAUGAAGUUGAUGUAGAGUGAUGAAUUCCAUUCAAUUGAUUGUUCCACAAUGAUCCGUAGAGUUGCGAUUUGGUCUGUACACGAUCUAUCCUUACGGAGUCCUUCAUCCUGUUUAACAAUACCCUGUUGAAGACUUUUCCUGGUAUUGAAAGAAGAGUGAUGCCUCUGUAGUUAUCACAGUUGCUGAGAUCGCCUUUCUUUGGUGAUUACCUCUCCUUCCUUGCUUUUCACUGGUCGUUCUGGUUUGCGGCGAUUUCCAGAGAGUUUCUUUGUCGUGUCAUACAGUUCUCUAAUGUUUCCUUCUCUUACAGCCUUUUCCGCCGUCGUUGCUAAAUCUUCCACAUAUUUACGUUUGUCGGUUCUGAUGCUCCUCUUCACUUGUUUGUUUACUUCUGUGUAUUCAGCUUGUGCCUUGGCUUUUUCUGCUCUUGUUCGACUGGUAUUGAUUGCUGCUUUCUUGCUCCUCCUUUCUUGAAUCUUAUCCAAUGUAUCAACAGUGAUCCAUUCCUUGUGAUGGUGCUUCUUGUGGCCCAGGACCUCAUGACAUGUUGAAGUGAUUGCCUCUUUGAUCCCCUUCCAGUUGCUCUCCAUAGUAGUUCCUUCUCCAUUGAGUAGAUCAUGAAAGGCCUGGAACUUAUUGCUGAGGACUAUCUUGAAUUCGUUGAGUUUGUCAGUAUCCCGAAGAAAGGCCGUAUUGAACUUUCGUGAUAUUGUCCGCCCCGUUGUGCAGUGCUUCUUGAGUUUCAAUUUCAUCUUGACGAUCAGCAAAUGAUGAUCUGAUGCUAUAUCAGCUCCUCUUUUGGUUCUCACGUCGAUUUGGUUUUGUGUAGUGUGAUCCGGUGAAGUCCAUGUGGUUUUGUGAAUGCGCUUAUAUGGGAAUAUUGUUCCGCCCAUGACCAGUUUAUUGAAGGCGCAUAGAUUUGCAAAUCUCUCACCAUUUUCGUUCCUUUCUCCCAGUCAGUCCGUGUCGUC